GACACACUGUAACAAACCUCCUCAUCAUGUAAUCUCCUUACUACUGGGGUGACACUGUAACAAAUCUACUCCCCAUGUAAUAUCCUUACUACUGGGAUGACACACUGUAACAAACCCUCUCCCCAUGUAACUUCCUUACUACUGGGGUGACACACUGUAACAAACCUCCUCCUCAUGUAAUCUCCUCACAACUGGGGUGACACACUGUAACAAACCUCCUCAUCAUGUAAUCUACUUACUACUGGGGUGACACACUGUAACAAACCUCCUCCUCAUGUAAUCUCCUUACUACUGGGGUGACACACUGUAACAAAUCUCCUUCCAUGUAAUUACCUUACUGGGCUGACAUGUGACCUCUCCUCCAGCUCAGCCCCGCCUCCUCUACAGCAUCACACAGGUCCUUCAACCACAAUCUUUUCUCUCCUCCACAGCUAAGCUCCGCCCCCACACGUGAUGAUGACAUCAUCACAGGUCCUACACCUUCAGCAUCUAGCAGUCCGGGCCAGGGGAGGAGACGGAGAGAGAGUGGGCCUGGCAUCAGUCCCCGGCCGAAACAACUACGUCGCCAUCAAAGGUAUCACCAAAACAGCGGACAAUGCAGCAAUCCUACAGAGAGAGCGACGGAUACUCCUGCUGGCCCGAGACUGCCCGUUCCUGUGUCACCUGUAUGCUGCACAGCAGUCUCAGGACCAUGCCUUCUUCAUCACCGAGUACCUGUCCGGCGGCAGCUUGGAGGCUUUACUCAGAGUGUACAGCAGUCUAAACAUCGAAAUAGUAAGAUUCUUCACAGCAGAGAUUGCAUGUGGCCUCCAUUUCCUUCACAGACAGAACAUCGUCCACCGAGAUAUCAAGCCAGAUAACAUCAUGCUGGAUCGAGAUGGACACAUCUGCAUCAUAGACCUCGGACUUGCCCAAGAUGGCGUCACCUCCUCCAACAAGAUCCAAGGAGUGACAGGCACAUUACUUUACAUGGCCCCAGAGGUGCUCCAGAGGAAGAGUUACCAUGCAGCGGUUGACUGGUGGAGCCUGGGGAUUGUUGUAUCCCGGAUGUCAGCAGGACGUUCCCCAUUCUACUUUGGCUGCGACAGAGAAAUGGCUCGCGAUUCCAUCACCAGAGAGAAGCCUAAUAUUCCAUCUUGGCUCCCUGCUGACCUGAAACAUCUGAUCCAACAACUGCUGCACAAGAAUCCUGAGAAGCGGCUGGGUGUGAACAGGAACAUCAGAGAACAUCCAUUCUUCACCACCAUCAACUGGGAGGAACUGGAGCAGAAGAGAGCACAGCCGCCAUUUACACCAUUCGAGGCAGCUCUGAAGAAGGGAGACCUGCGGUGGUCAGAGGUAGAGACAGCUCUUCACCCCUUGGAAGGAUUCUCCUUCAUAGCUCCAAGCUGGGAAUGGUAAGAUCAGCCCACGGCCCAGAGCUCUGUACCAUCUGAGUGCUGCACCCAGGAGCGGCCUGUGCUUGUAACACCUCAGCACAGACCUGGUAAGUAUCACACAUCAUCACACAUACAUUAGGAUCACACACAUACAGGUAGAUAGAAAUAUACACACAGGUACAUAUAUAGAUAGUAUAGACACAUACACACAGACACACACACAACAGAUAGGGGUAGAUAUCGGCUCUGAUCCUGGGACUUGUUCCGAUCGCCAUAUUUGGGGUCAGGAAGGAAUUUUUCCCCUUUGAGGACAAUUGGCUUAUUCCUCAAGGGUUUUUUUUGCCUUCCUUGGGAUCAUCUCAGCCAUAAAUAGGUCAAGUAUGAUAAAUCUUUAAUUUAUUACUAAAUAUUCCCACAAAUAAAAUAAUAUAAAAAUAAAUUAUAAAAAAAAAAAGGUAUAGCAUAUAAAGUAUUUAUAACAUAUAGUUUUCCAUAUUAGAUAGGUCAGGUACUGGCUUUUGAUCCUGGGACUUGUUCCGAUCGCCAUAUUUGGGGUCAGGAAGAAAUUUUCCCCCCUUACAUAAGGAUAAUUGGCUCUUUCCUCAAGGGGGUUUUCGUCUUCCUUUGGAUCAACACAGUAUAUAAAAAUGCUUUACCUAUACAUUUAUAUUUCACACAUAGCAAAAUAGAACAUAACACACAUUUCUAUGCCUCGCAGUAUCCCCAGUAUACCCUUCCUAUAAAUAAAAAGUCCUUUUUUC